AUGAGGAUUACAGCAGGACCACGCAAAUAUGUCUGUUUCCUCACUCUGGAUCCAAACACAGCACACACUCGUCUCAUUCUGUCUGAGAAGAACAGAAAGGUGAAGUGUGUGUGGGAGAAACAGCCGUAUCCUGAUCAUCCCGACAGAUUUAAUUAUUAUCCUCAGGUGUUGUGCAGAGAGAGUGUGUGUGGUCCCUGUUACUGGGAGAUUGACUGGAGUGGAGAUGAUCAUGGUGUGUGUAUAUCAGUGUCAUAUAAGAGCAUCAAGAGGAAGGGAUAUGGCGAUGAUUGUUGGUUUGGACGUAAUGAUCAGUCCUGGAGUUUGUUCUGCUUUCCCUCCAGAUUCACAUUCUGGCACAAUAACACAUGCACUGAUCUCCCAGUGAAGCCGCUCAGCAGGAGAAUAGGAGUGUUUGUGGAUCACAGUGCAGGAACUCUGAUCUUCUACAACAUCUAUAGAGACACAAUGAGCCUCAUCCACUCAGUCCAGACCACAUUCACUGAGCCGCUCUGGCCUGGGUUUGGCUUUUAUUCUGGAUCAUCAGUGAAACUGAGCUAA